AUGAUGAAAGUGUUCCUAUUUAUUUUAUUGUUCAUUCAAACAAUUUAUUCUCUUGAAUUAAAAAAAUUAUCAACAUGUCAAACAGCAUUAGGUAUGCAAUCAGGCUCUAUUCCUGAUUCAGCUGUAUCAGUAUCGAGUAGUUAUGAUUCAAAUACUGUUGGAUCUAAAGCUAGUCGAGUUCGAACAGAACAGUAUGGUGGUGCAUGGUGUCCAUUAAAUCAAAUAAAUUCAAUACCAAAUGAAUGGUUAGAAAUAGAUUUUGGAAAUUUAACUUAUUUAACACAAGUUGAAACACAAGGUCGUUUUGAUAAUGGACGAGGAAAAGAAUAUACUGAUUAUUAUAUUUUAAUGUAUACACGAUUGGAUAAUAUAAAAAAUAAUGAAGCGUUAUGGAUUGAAUAUCGAUUGAAAAAUGAAAAUACUAAUUCAACAUGGAUACGAGCUAAUCAAAAUACUUAUAUGGGAGAAAUUCGUCAAUUAAAUCCACCUAUUGUUGCUAAACGACUUCGUUUUUAUCCUGUUAGUAAACAAAUGCGAACUAUUUGCAUGCGUGUCGAAGUUUAUGGUUGUUUAUUUUCUGAUGGUAUUGUAUCUUAUUCAAUGCCACAAGGACGUAUUGAUGUAAAUUCGUUUGGUGAUGAUACUUACGAUGGAAAAUAUAUUUCGUCUACAAACAUGUUAAUUAAUGGUCUAGGACAAUUAUCUGAUGGUAUAACAGGUUCAGAAGAAAUAUCAAUUAUUGAUGAACAUCAACCAUGGAUUGGUUGGUCAAAUGAAACAAGUACAUAUAUAACAAUAAAAUUUCAAUUUGAUUCUCUUCGUCAAAUAAAUCGUGUAACAAUACAUGCAAAUAAUUUAUUUUCAAAAGAAAUUCUUAUAUUUAAAACUGCAAUAAUAUCAUUUUCAAAAGUUGAUGAUGAGAAACAUUAUUCAAAUGUAAUUAUUUAUCAACAUAAUCGUGAUGAUAUAUUUGAAAUAGCUCGUCCAAUAUUAAUUGAAUUAAAUAAUCAUAUAGCAAAAUUUGUACGUUUAGAUUUAUAUUUUGAUUCAAAAUGGUUAUUAAUUAGUGAAAUAACAUUUGAUUCACAGAUAUAUAAUGAAAAAAUUGAAAAGAACAAUGAAAUCAAAGAAAAAAUUCUUAAAAAAUCGCUUAAUAUCGACGAUGAUUUACCUAAACAUUAUCGAGAAAUACAAAAGACAACAAUAUUAAUGAAUUCAUCUGCAAAAAUAUCACCAGUUAUUACAAUUGAAUUAUCUUUAGCUUUUUUUAUUGGUGCUUUAUUAGUUAUAACUAUUUUAUUAAUUGUUUCACUUAUAUGGAUUCUUCAACGAAAGAAAAAAUUACAAUUUCAGAAAUUAACUGAAAAACCAUGUAAUAAUUCAUCAUGUUGUACUUAUCCAACAUUACAAAUACGUGAAUUUCAUGAUUUAAAUGCACCUAUUGAAAGUGCUAUUGAUGAUCGUGAAUAUGCAAUGCCAGAUGUAAAUUUUUAUUCAACACUUUCACAUAAAUAUAAUUUGACUAGUCCUCGUCUAUUUCGAGCAUUAACAAUAAAUCCUAAUAAUAUGAAUUCAUAUCCAACAUUACAACCAAUAUCACAUUGUUGUUUUCAUCAACAACAAUAUUUACCUAUGCAUCAACAAUCACCUAUGUUAUUUUCUCAAGUAGAAGAAAGUCCACCAGUUGAAGCUCCUUGUGGAAAUAGUUUAAUGAUUACAAUGAAUAUAAUCAUGGAUAAUAAACAGGUGUCAAUAAAAGAAAUAAAUAGUGAUGAUUUGAUUUGUAUUGAAAAUAUUGGUCAUGGAUUAGUUGGAAGUAUACAUCUAGCUGAACUCCAAGUAACUAAUAAUGAUAAUGAGAUAAAAAAACAAAAUGUAAUUAUUAAAUCAUUAAAUGAUAAUGCAGAUGUUAAACAAAAAGCAUUAUUUUGGAAAGAAAUUGAACUACUUUCAAUAUUGAAUAACUCCAAUGUAUGUACUCUAUUGGGUAUUUUAAAUUCUCAACGAACAGUAGCUGUAUUUGAAUAUUAUUCACUUGAUUUAUAUCAAUAUCUUCGUCAACAAUUAAUACCGUUAGAUAAUUGUUCAGCAUCAAGCUUUUUACUCUCAUUAGCAUGUCAAAUAGCAUCCGCAAUGAAAUAUUUAUCAUCGCUUCAAAUAAUUCAUCGAGAUUUAGCUGUAAGAAAUUGUUUAAUAUCACCUACAGAUCAUCAAUUACAUCUAACUGAUAUCGCUAUGGCUAAAUCAGAAUAUGCUAAUGAUUAUGCUCGUGUUGGACCACAUCAAUCUCGUAUUGCAAUACGAUGGUCUGCUUGGGAAUCUAUUUUUCUUAAUAAAUUUUCUUUGAAAUCCGACGUUUGGUCAUUUGGUGUAACACUUUAUGAAUUAUAUACUUAUGCACGACAACGUCCUUUUCAUACGUUAACAAACGAACAACUUGUACAACAGUUUGCUUGUCUAACACAAACAGAAUUAUCAUCACCAUGUUUAGUCAGAAACAAUCUUCAUUUGCCACAACCAGAAUUAUGUUCAAAAGAAAUUUAUGAUAUGAUGUGUGAAUGUUGGCAAAGAGAUUGCCAAUAUCGACCAUCAUUUGCUGAUAUACAUACAUUUUUACUUGGUAAAGCAUCUGGUUCAGUUUCAUUAGCAUUACCUGAACUAUAG